AAGAGAAAAAAAAAAAAAGGGGAACCCAAUCUGGAUCUGCCUUGCUCUGUCCGCCGGCUGCUCUUGUUGUGGGGGCAAAUUGCUUGGGUUUUGGAUUUCCCGUGAGCUUUCUUCUUCCAUGCCGCCGGCCUUUCCCCAAUCUGCAGCUCCGGUUUUAGCUGGAGAAUUAUGGUUUCCGAUCGUUCUGUCAGUUAGCAUUGAGAUUGAAUCUUCAGUUUAUGCGAGUGAGCGCACGAACAUUCAUAGAAGCUGUGCAGUUGGGGCAUGUCUUGGAGUUGUGGCCGUUGUGGCUGCAAUGCGAGCAGCGCCGGCUCAUUUUUGGUCCGGGCUCGAUAGAUUGAGGAAGGGGCAGAGGGAUGAGAGAGAGAAGGGAGGAAGAAGAAGAAUAACGAACAUUCAUAGAAGCUAUGCAGUUGGGGCAUGUCUUGGAGUUGUGGCCGUUGUGGCUGCAAUGCGAGCAGCGCCGGCUCAUUUUUGGGUCCGAGCUCGACAGAUCAAGGAAGGGGCAGAGGGAUGAGAGAGAAGGGAAGAAGAAGAAGAAGAAUAAUAAUAAUAUAAUAAUAAAUUAUGUGGGUCUUU